CGGAAGCCCAACAACAAUUGGAAGGGUUAUAUAUAGCGAAGUCAAUUGUAGUUUCUUGGCAGAAGAGAAAUAUAAAUUUUUUUGACUGCGUGGCCAACAGUUGUGUGUGUGUUCGUGUUAUUUUUUUGGGCCGCGUCAUGCUUAAGCACUUAUCAAUCCUACUGCUAUUGGCGGCAGCAUUUGUGGGGGCUGCCAAGCCGGAAGAUAACGAUUCGUGUUACUCCUUCGCCGGCGGAUCCGUUUAUCCCGCCGAGGAGCCCAAGAGCGAUCAUCAGCUGCAGUACACCAAGGCAGUCAUUUCCAAGCCAGCUCCACAGUUUGAGGGAACCGCUGUGGUGAACAAGGAGAUUGUAAAGCUAUCGCUAACCCAAUAUCUGGGCAAAUACGUGGUGCUACUCUUUUAUCCUUUGGAUUUCACCUUUGUCUGCCCCACGGAGAUCAUUGCCUUUUCCGAUCGCAUCGCCGAGUUCCGGAAGAUUAACACCGAGGUUAUAGGUGUUAGUGUGGACUCGCACUUUACCCACUUGGCUUGGAUCAAUACACCGCGCAAGGAGGGCGGUCUGGGCAAUGUGAAGAUCCCCCUGCUCUCUGACUUGACGCACAAGAUCAGCAAGGAUUAUGGCGUGUAUCUGGAGUCCAGUGGUCAUGCUUUGCGCGGCCUCUUUAUCAUCGAUCAGGCUGGUGUGUUGCGGCAAAUAACAAUGAACGAUCUGCCUGUGGGUCGAUCAGUGGAUGAGACCAUCCGGCUGGUGCAGGCUUUCCAGUUUACGGAUACCCAUGGAGAGGUUUGUCCAGCGGGAUGGAAACCUGGAGCCGAUACGAUCGUCCCCAAUCCGGAGGAGAAAACCAAGUACUUUGCUAAGAAUAACUAAGAGUUAUCCAUCCAUCCUGCUGCCGCCCCAAGCCCAGUAACAUUCCAGAUGUUCACCGACUGACAAGACACCGAACAAUAGGCCCCGUCGUCGCAUCAUCAGUCGUCCUUUGUACAUUACACUUUUGUCAUUACCCCGUAAAGUUAUCCAUUCGUUUUUGUACAAAAUUUAUAGGUUGUUUAUUUUACAGCAUAACAGAGAUAAAUAAAUUGAUGAAGUAAAUACAUUAAA